AUUAAUUAUUUUAUCAUAAUAAUUGAGUGCAACAACAACAACAACAAGAGAAAAAAACAACAACAACAACGAAAUUCAACCAAAUUUACAAACAAAAGUGACAACUAGUGAAAAACUUAAACCAAAAAAAAAUAAAUAAAUAAAAUAAUAAUAAAUAAAUCAAUUUAUUUACUGAAAUUAAAAAAAACGGCUUCGAAUGCCGCCGCCAAAUUGUGCAAAAAACCAAAACAAAACAAAGCUAACCACAGCAGACAAGCAGCAGCCGUUUACGAUCUCAAUUAGCCAACUUUUACAACGACAGCAGCAGCGAAAAUGCUGGCCGCACAGCAGCAGCAGCAGCAGCAGCCACAACAGCAACACACAGCGGCAACAGCAACGGGAGGCAGCACAGUAGCGCUUGAGGAUGCGGGCUUGGAGCGGGCGCGCCGCGAUUCGAGCACCUCGGAGUCCUCGCUGGAGCACCUGGACUUGAGCCGCACGCCAAAGAAGCUGAGCAGCAGCAGCGGCGCGCCGCAGCCGACGUCGACGCCGCAUGAGGCGACGUCGCGCAAACGCAAGCUGCGCCAGCUACAGCAGCCGCAACAGUUGCUCUCCGACGAGGACGAGCAACAGCAGCAGCUGCUGGAGCAGUCCGCGCAGCGACUGCGGCACAAGCAGCGACGCAGCGGAAAUGCAGCCGCAGUCGCUGCCGCUGCCAGCGCCAGCAUCGUGGUCGACUACAGCGCCAGCGGCGAUGCCAGUUCGCUGCGCAAAAAGUUUCGCCUGAACCGCAGCAGCGCCAGCAGCAUCAAUGGCAACAACGGGGAGCUCUCCGAGUCCGGCUUUGUGGAUGGGAGCGCGCACAGCGGUUAUUUGCUCAGCGCCAGCAGCGCCGCGCAGUCAGCGUCGGCAGCGCAGCAGCAGCAGCAGCAGCAACAGCAGCAGCAGCAAUUGGCCUCAAGCAGCAGCUCCGGCGGCAGCUCGCCCCAGGGCCUAUGCCACUCGAGCGCCGAGUCCGGCAUCGGCGCCGGCGACGAGCACAUGAAAUAUGUUUGCCCCAUCUGCGAGGUCGUCUCGGCCACGCCCCACGAGUUCACCAAUCACAUACGCUGCCACAACUACGCCAACGGUGACACCGAAAACUUCACCUGCCGCAUCUGCUCCAAGGUGCUGUCAUCAGCCUCCUCGCUGGACAGGCACGUGCUGGUGCACACGGGCGAGCGUCCGUUCAACUGUCGCUAUUGCCAUUUGACAUUCACCACGAACGGCAACAUGCACCGGCACAUGCGCACCCACAAGCAGCACCAGACGACGCAGCAGCAGCCGCCGACGCAGCAGCAACAGACACAGCAGCAACAGACACCGCAGCAACAGGCACCGCAGCAACAUGGACAGCAGCAACAUGGACAGCAGCAGCAGCGACGCCAGCAACAUGGGGGCGUGGCAGCUGGGCGUGCGGAGAGCUACGAGAGCGAUGCCAGCUGCUCGACGGAUGUGUCCAGCAGCAGCAGCAGCAGCAACGACAGCAGCAACAGCAACACCAACAACAACAACAACAACAACAGCGAGCAAACGAACAAGAACAACAAGAACAACAGCAACAACGGCAACGGGGAGCAGCAGCAGCAACUGUUGCUGGCGUGCAAGCAGCGACGGCAUAAGACGAACAUCAACAACAACAAUAUACUCAGCGACGAGGAGCAGCCAAAGCAGCCAAAAUCGGAGCCCGAGGCAGAUGAAGAGCCCGAGGCAGAGCCGGAGCCGCAGCUGGACUCGGAUGAUGCGGAUAGCGUGGAUGUGGCGCAGAUGAUUACGAGCACGCCGGAUGUGGCCACAUUGCUGGCAACUAGCCCGAGCCCGUCGCCGGGCCUACAUAGCUGUCCGGCCUGCAAUACGGGCGAGUUUGAGACAUUGCCGGCGCUGUGCGCGCAUCUGGAUGCAGCGCAUCCGGAUAUACCAGCCAAGUGUCGCGACUGCGAGGUGAUCUUUGCCACCCAUCGGCAGCUGCAGGCGCACAGCUGUCGCGGCCAGCUGCAGUUGCCGCCGCUGCUCGGCGCGAGCAGCUCGCCGCUGCACAAGCUGGAGGUGGAGCACGACCAGGAGCAGGAGCACGACCAGGAGGAGGAUGAGGAGGAGCUGGCGCACGGCGAGCAGCUGGCCAGCAGCGAGCGCGAUGAGUUCUUUCAGCAGCUCUAUCUAAAAGGCAAAGCCGGCGGUCUGCCGUCGCCGAUCAAGCGUGAGCCGUCCGAGCAGCGGCUGGAGCAGCGCCAGGAUCGUCAGGAUCUGGCCGAUAUACAGAGCAUUUUGCAUAUGACCAGCUCCAGCUGCACGUCGAGUUUCCUGCGCAAUUUCGAGCAGUCCGUGAACACGCCCUGCUCCAGCCAGUACAGCCUGGAUGGGCGCGACGGCGAGGAGGAGGCCCAGGAUGCAUUCACCAGCGAAUUCCGCCGUAUGAAACUGCGCGGCGAAUUCCCCUGCAAGCUCUGCAGCGCCGUCUUUCCCAAUUUGCGCGCCCUCAAGGGCCAUAAUCGCGUCCAUUUGGCCGCCGUCGGCGCCGCCGGACCCUUUCGCUGCAACAUGUGUCCCUAUGCCGUCUGCGACAAGGCGGCGCUGGUGCGGCACAUGCGCACCCACAACGGGGAUCGGCCGUACGAGUGCGCCGUCUGCAAUUACGCCUUCACCACGAAGGCCAACUGUGAGCGGCAUUUGCGCAAUCGGCACGGCAAGACGAGCCGCGAGGAGGUGAAGCGCGCCAUUGUCUAUCAUCCGGCGGAGGAUGCCAGCUGCGAGGAGAACAACAAGCGUGUAACGGGCCAGGAUACGGACCUGGCCGAGCUUAGCUAUCGCUCGCUCAGUCCGCCGCCGCCGCCGCCCCCGUUGCCCCUUGCCGUUGCCUUGCCGCCGGCAGCGGAAUCGCAGCUAAAGCACAUGUUGCUAGCGGAACCGUGCGCCAAGCCGUCGCCGUCGGUGACGCCGCUCAAGAUACAGGUGAAGAGCUUGGAUCAGCUGGUGGAGAAGCCGCUGGCGCCGCCAGCCAUGGAUCUUAGCAUGGAUGUGCUGGAUCUGAGCAAGAAGCCCACACAGCAGCUGGAGCGCCAGCGCGAACGGGAGCGCGAACAGGAGCACGAUCUGCUGCUGCUGCAGCAGCAGCAACAGCAACAGUUGCAGCAACAGGUGCAACAGCAGGUGCAGCAGCAGCAGCAGCAGCAGCUGUUUAGCGCGGGAGACGCGACGACGCAGUAUAUGCAGCAGCUGCUGCGCAAUCUCAUGUUCCAGCAGACGCCGGGCUUCUCCUUCUUUGGCUACAUGGCGCCCCCGACGACGACGUCGGCGGAGAAGUCAACGCAGCCGGGCACAAAUCCAGGCCAGACGCCGGCAACAGUUGCUGCCGCUGGCAUGCCCAUGCCGAUGCCGGUGCCGGUUACCGUGCCGGUGCCAGCGGGCGGGCCCGUCAAGAUGGUCAUCAAGAACGGCGUCCUGAUGCCCAAGCAGAAGCAGCGUCGCUACCGAACCGAGCGACCCUUCGCCUGCGAGCACUGCUCCGCCCGAUUUACGCUGCGCUCCAAUAUGGAGCGUCACGUCAAGCAGCAGCAUCCCCAAUACUAUGCGCAGCGCCAGCGCAGCGGACACCAUGUGAUGCGCGGACGCGCCGCCAGCUCCAAUGCGGCGGCAGCAGCGGCAGCGGCGGCAGCAGCAGCAGCUGCAGCAGCUGCCAUGUCGAAUCUGGCGCAGCAGCAACAGCAGCAGCAGCAGCAUGCGCAUCCGCCCAUUUCGGAGCAGGUGAAGUACGCGAUAUUGGCGCAGCAGCUGAAGGCGCGCAAGGACACGGAUCUGCUGCACCAGGCGCUGGCGCACGGCUCCAGCAGUGCGCUGCUCCACUUCAACUACAACAACAACAAUAAGCAGCAGCAGCAGCAACAGCAGCAGCAGCAGCCGGCACAUCCCAUCAAUGGAGCUGCUGCGGAUGAUGAUGAGCCGCCCAAGCUGAUCAUCGACGAGGACGAUGAGGAGGAGGCGGAGGAGGAGGAGUUUGAUGAUACAGAGGAGGAGCAGGAGGAGGAGGAGCUCGAAAUGGAGGAGGACGCGGAUGAGGAGGAGCCGGCCGCACAGCUGGAGCAGCUCGAACAGCCUGCGGCGGCGGCGGUGCCCACGCUGCCACGCCCCGGCACGCCCAUUGAGGCAGCCAAAAAGGUAGCGGAGAGCAUACUGGAGCAGGUGAUCAAGGCGCAGGCCAAGCCCGAUCCGGAAUCAGAUGCCGUGGCCAUGCCAACGCCAACAACAACAACUGCGGCCACGGCCACACCGGGACCGACGACAAUGAAAACAAUGAUAGCCCAAGCGGAAUCGGUGGCGAAAUCCUUGAAAGAUGUGGCCAGCUCACCGUUCAAGGACGAAUCUCAGGAUCUGGUGCCGGUGUCGAAGCUGGUGGACAACGCGACCAGCAAUCAGGUGUCGUUCAACAGCUAUUUCCGGCCAAGCGACGUGGCCAAUCACAUGGAGCAGAGCGACGAGGAGGGUUUAGUUGCAUCCGGCAGCGCCAGCGAGAGCAACAAUUCCGGCACCGAGGACGUGACCAGCAGCAGCUGCAACGAGCCGAAAAAGAAGUCCGCCUACAGCCUGGCGCCGAAUCGUGUCAGUUGCCCGUAUUGCCAGCGCAUGUUCCCGUGGAGCAGCUCGCUGCGCCGCCACAUCCUGACCCAUACGGGCCAGAAGCCCUUCAAGUGCUCCCACUGCCCGCUGCUGUUCACCACGAAGAGCAACUGCGACCGGCAUCUGUUGCGCAAGCACGGCAAUGUCGAGUCCGCGAUGAGCGUCUAUGUGCCCACCGAGGAUGUUAGCGAACCGAUACCCGUGCCCAAGUCUGUCGAGGAGAUCGCCUUGGAGGAGCAGCGCCGACGCAAGGCAGCCGAGGCGGAGCGCGAACGCGAACGCCAGCUGGAGCUGGAGCGGGAGCGCGAAAGGGAGCACGAGCGCAAAAUCGAACGCGAACGGGAGCAACAGCAGCAGCAGCAGCUCAUCCAGCAGCUGACGGCUGCGGCACAGCUACGCCAGCAGCUGGCCAAUGCCGCCGCCGCUGCCGCAGCUGCAGUCGUAGCCGGAGCUGGAGUCGGAGCUGGUGCUGGAGCCGCCGGCAACAGUCCAACAGCUGGCGGAGAGGGGGGCAACGGCAGCGAGCUGCCGUACAAAUGCCAUCUGUGCGAGUUCUCGUUCGGGGAGCGGCUGCAGUGCCUCGAGCACAUCAAGCAGCUGCAUGGCCAGGAGUUUGCCCUGCUGCUGGCCAAAGGCGCCAUCGAAACGGACCAGCUCCACGAGCAGCAGCAGCAACAGCAGCAGCAGCAAUCGUCGUCAUCCAAUCCAGCAGCAGCUGGCUCCGAGGAUGAGUCGCUGGCGCCGUCGGGUCGCGGCAGCGGCAAUGGCAAAUAUCCGGACUACAGCAACCGGAAGGUGAUCUGUGCGUUUUGUGUGCGCCGCUUCUGGUCGACGGAGGAUCUGCGCCGACAUAUGCGCACACAUUCCGGCGAACGGCCGUUCCAGUGCGAGAUCUGUUUGCGCAAGUUCACGCUGAAGCACAGCAUGCUGCGGCACAUGAAGAAGCACAGCGGACGCAGUCACAAUGGCGAGCAGGGCGCAUCCGAUUGUUCCGAUGACGAGCAGAUGGCCACGCCGCCCGGCACGCCCACACCAACGCCCACGCCCAGCAACAACAACAACAACAACAACAACAGCACUUGCCAGAACAACAACAACAACAACAAGCAGAGCCUGCGCCUGGACAAGACCGGGCCCGACUGGCGCCUGCAGAAGGAUAAAAUGGGCGAUGCCACGAUGCCCACAGCGACAGCAGCCGCCUUUGGCAUGGCCAGCGGCGAUCUGAUUGGCAAUCUGCUGGGCAUCAGCGACCAGGGCAUACUCAAUAAGCUGCUCUCCUCCGCGGACGAGGCGGCCAAGCUGCUGGGCGUGGAAAAGUAAGUGCGAAGCGCAAGUGCAGAAAAAAAGAAAAAAACAGCAGCUAGUCAAAAGCAAAAAAAAAAAAACACACACACACACAAACAACAUUUAACGUUGCCAGAUUACGAAAA